GUGGUCUUUUUGGUGACGAUGAAUCAGAUCAUCUUAUCAACGCCUUCAAGUAUGGAGUGUAUAAGGUGACACAUAUGCGGAUUCUCCCAAAAGUUAGACUGACUGACGAUAUCAAACGCCUUCCUGUAAAUAAUAGAUUUGAAGCUUCAAAAAAAGGUGAAGCUCUGCAGGAAGGAAUGAUCGACUCAUAUCAUCAUAUAAUAAUUAACAAUAUGGAUAUAGAAUUGCUGGACCUUGAAGACUACAGGCACAAUUUUGUGAACCUCACUGGUUUUAGAUUAGUGAACGUAAACAACGAAUUUACCAGACACAUUUUGAAAGAUAUGGACGACUAUAGAGAAAAUACCCAACUCAAAAUACUGCACGGUUCUUCUUUGUCGUUCCAAUGUGCACUGAUAUUCGACGCGGUUUAUUUAUUUGCACUUGCUGUGAAGGAACUACACAAUGUCGUUGAUAUAUUCAUUAGACCUAAGGCUAUAUCUUUAU